AACGCAGAGGUACAUUUUACAAACAAAAAAAAAAUAUUUGAGCUUCAACAUCUGAAUGAUUACAAAAUUAUCUAACCCUAAAAUCUAAAAUUUCAUUAGUCUAGUUUAUUCAAUCAAUGACACUUUGAGACUGUUGCCAUUGCUUUAAAAAUAUUAUUCAUAUUGCCUCUAAAGUGCCACAGAAAGCAUGAUUUCUUCAUUGCCUUCUUGUUACAAACUGCUCUGUCUCUCUCUCUUUCAAAUACCUCUUUUCAACCAAAGAUCAAGCUUUAAAUAGGAACACAUGCACUAUUCGAAGCACUGUUCGGAUUUAAUUUACCAGUAAGAAUGGCAGACUUAAUUAUAUGUCUAAGCGUAGGGUCUACAAAACAUUUAAAAAAUAUCCAUUGAACGAGAACCGCUUUACAUUUUAAUUUACCUCACUAUACUUCUUCUAUUCUGCCAUAAAUCAAGAGCACUACAAAUAAAGAAACACGAAGAAAGGAAAGCAGAGAGGAAUACAAAACAGAUUCUGACACGAGCAGUUUUUUUCCUCUCAGCAUAAUGUAUUUUUACCCUGCUUUAAGUAAACGUCAGACACUGAUAAUUCUACUUAAAUGUAUCCAUGACGUCACAAUUCACAACGAAAAAGUGUUACAUUACUUUUCAAUUCACUAAACCGUAGUACAUCCUGACGCUUAAGAAAGCUGAACAUUUGUUACAUAUCUGUUUAUUAAGACAAAGGAUGAAAGUUAAAGCCUGACCGGUCCGACACAAAAGAGCCAAUCGGCUUUCCAUGAAGAUGACGUUCCCGCACCUCACGUCAGACCAAUGGCGAUUGAGUAGAGUUAGAGCAGAGAGUUUGAGUGAGAGAUAAGGACAAGAGUGCCUCAUCAGCAGUGAGACCAGGCACUGCGGCGCGCGUACCCUUUACUUUCAACGUGAACAGUAGUACCCAGCCCAGCACCGCAGCGCCUCUAACCCAUAAAAACACUGCUUCACUGCAAGCGAAAAAUUGUUUCUGGUAUAACGCUGCAGCACCAAAUUUUCACAGUGGACCUAACACCACCUUACUAUCUUGACAUGGGAGACAUGGGAGAUCCGCCAAAAAAAAAACGCCUCAUUUCGUUAUGUGUUGGUUGUGGAAAUCAAAUACACGAUCAGUAUAUUUUGAGGGUUUCUCCGGAUUUGGAAUGGCACGCUGCGUGUUUGAAAUGUGCAGAAUGUAAUCAGUAUUUGGACGAAUCCUGUACCUGCUUUGUUAGAGACGGGAAGACCUAUUGUAAAAGAGACUAUAUCAGGUUGUACGGGAUAAAGUGCGCCAAGUGUAACAUAGGCUUCAGUAAGAAUGAUUUCGUGAUGAGAGCCCGCUCCAAGGUAUACCAUAUCGAGUGUUUUCGCUGUGUGGCCUGCAGCCGGCAGCUUAUCCCCGGGGACGAGUUUGCUCUGAGGGAGGAUGGCCUGUUCUGCAGAGCCGAUCACGAUGUUGUGGAGAGGGCAACAAUGGGAGCAGGAGACCCUCUCAGCCCUUUACACCCGGCAAGACCUUUACAGAUGGCAGCAGAACCCAUAUCUGCCAGACAGCCUGCGCUUCGACCCCAUGUUCACAAACAACCGGAAAAAACCACUCGAGUCAGAACUGUACUCAACGAGAAGCAGCUUCACACCUUGAGAACUUGCUACGCUGCCAACCCAAGACCAGAUGCCCUUAUGAAGGAGCAACUGGUAGAAAUGACGGGCCUUAGUCCGAGAGUCAUCCGGGUGUGGUUUCAAAACAAGCGCUGCAAGGACAAAAAGAGGAGCAUCUUAAUGAAGCAACUUCAACAACAACAGCCUAAUGACAAAACGAACAUCCAGGGAAUGACGGGGACUCCUAUGGUGGCUGCUAGUCCAGAGAGACACGACGGUGGUUUGCAGGCAAACCCAGUGGAGGUGCAGAGUUACCAGCCGCCUUGGAAAGUACUGAGCGACUUCGCACUGCAGAGUGACAUAGACCAGCCCGCAUUUCAGCAACUGGUAAGUUUUUCAGAAGGAGGACCAGGUUCUAACUCAACAGGGAGUGAAGUUGCAUCCAUGUCCUCGCAACUACCAGAUACACCGAACAGCAUGGUAUCGAGUCCUAUAGAGGCAUGAGGAAUGGACUAUUUAAUAUUUACAGUGAUGAGCUGACGAGGUGUUGGAACCUCCAGACUCUUAAGGACUGUGGUUUACAACCAGUUUGUUCACUGGUUGGUCCAUUAGAAAAAAAACACCCUCCAUUAAACUGCACGAAGCCUCUUUAUCCAAACAACCCCUGGUUGUAUUUGUACACUGUGAAGACAAUCAUGGGAAUUGCCUAGAAGCUGAAAUAUACUUCAAUAUACAUCCAAGACUUCUUGCAAAAUUACUUAAGAGAAGACAACCAUGAUGUAAAUUCUGUGAGUUGCAGGGAAAGGGAUUCAUGCUGUCUGCAUAACUUUGACGUUAACAAAUGGAAAGACCUAUGGUCUCAUCAUGUUUAAAUGGUGCUGCCUCUGUUGGAAAUGAAGUUGGUUACAGCCUUGCCAAAAACCUGGAAGAGCAACAUAAGUUCUGCAAUUCAGUGGACCCCAAGGGCAAGCGAGACCCACAGAAUGAAUCUGAAUUCUGAAGAGGAUCAAAUUUGAAUUUCAUAUGCUCAUUGCAAUGUGCAGUGGUUGACUUGUAACCCAAUGACUCGUUGAUCCUGGUUCUAUUUCAUAGCUGGUUCUUGAUUUUCAAAUCCCCCUGCUGAUGGUCAGAAGGGGACUGCAGAUACUGCUUUUCCAUUUUAGUUGAAUUCUCUCCUUAAAAGCCCAAGUACUAAAGCAUUGCAACAAGGUAUACCUCUAUUUUGCCACAAGCUUCGUGGGAAUUUUGUGUGUGAAUUUGUGUCCGUCCAAGAACUUUUUUCCCAAAGAUGUGUAUAGUUAUUGGUUAAAACAACCGUUGGUUAGCUCUGGAAAAAAGAUUUUUGUUUGUUCUUGUACUGCAAAAAAAUUAUAAUUUAUUAUUUAUUGUCGAAAGACUUGCCACUAUUCCUGUACUUUUGUUUGCUGAAGUAAAAAAAGAAAAGAUUGUA